AUGGAUCCAGCCGGGAGCGUAAGCUCGCAGGAGACGCUAAUUCUACGGUUUAAAGUUCCAUCGGAUCGUUUACAAAAGAUACUAGAUGCUGUGAAGACGGCGGCUCCUUCGACUCCUCCAUCAACGGCUGUCAAAACACAUGAGCGAAGUUUUCACAUCAAGAAACCACGGGCCCCGUACGGAAUGGGGCCCCGUGCUAUGAAACGCCGAGAAAAGGCUGAAAAGGAACGUCUUGCUGCUUUACAAGAAGGCGGAGCUGCCGCUGCAACUGGUGCAGCCGGUACAGGAACAGGAGCAUCAACACCGUCAGGGAAGAGUGCACAGAAAAACGGCGUGAAUGCAAUUCAUGCAGCAUUGCACGCCUUGGACCGUUCUGGAAAGCCGUGUCGUCGGUGGCAUAAAGAGGCUGUUGUUAUUCACAGUAUAUCCAAGCUUUCCUGGAGUUCGCUGUCAUGGCAUGGAGAAGGCCUUACAUUUCUUCCUCCGCCUUCUCGUACUGCUGAAAGUACACCGGAGGUUCAAACUGCAGACGAGGAUUCGAAUGCUGGGGACUCGGCUGCAAGCGUUUCUGCCGAACCACACUCUGAAGGUAUGGACAGCAAUUCAGAGAAUAAGCCGCUAAAGGAGGUUAUGGCUUCUGAAGCAGCAACUGCUGCUGCUGCUGCUGCCGCCGCUGCUGCAGACUCGGCGCCGACUCCCAAAAGAGCUCGAAAAUCUGGACCCAAAAACGGCACCAAAGCUAGUCGAGCAACAGGGGCGAAGCCUGGCCCUAAACCAGGUUCUAAAAGCACUCGUGGCGGCGCACGAACACGAGGAACAGGAAGACGAGGAAAGAGAGGUGCAGCGGCUGCCGCUGCCGCCGCUGCUGCUGCUACCGACGCAGACGCAAAUCCUGAGGCUGCCGCUGUGAAGAAGGAAGACAAACCAGAAACAAAAGAAAGCUCAAAAGCCACUAAGGCCAGCAAACAAGCUGCAAAUAAAGCACCGACGGAUCAGCAAUCACCAACUGAAUCAAAACCGGUGAAUGAUGCUGUUCCUGCUGAUGUCCCUUUAGAUCAUGCUCCUCCUCCUGCUCCCUCUUCUGCUGCUGCUCCUCAAACCGAACAAUCCUCUGAAAUUAAACCUGACCCAGACACAACUACCGCCCCCGUUGACCCUGCGACAGCAGAACACCCUUCCACCGAAUCCGCCGCCGUUGUUUCCGAACCUAAAGACAGCUAA